AUGGCAAUAGCAAGCAACAAAACACAGUGUUUUACAUGUAAUAUAUACAAAAUUACAUAUCUUUGCAAAGGAUGUUUAAAAGAAUUUUGUCUACCACAUUUAAACGAACAUCAACAAAUAUUUAAUGAUGAAUUAAAUCAUAUUACCAAUGAAUAUAAUGCAUUUAAACAAACAAUUAAUGAACAAAAACAAAAUCCACAAACAUUUAUUAAUGAUAUUGAAAAGAAGCUUAAUGAUUUAUCUGAACAAAUAAAACAAAUUCAUAAAGAAAAUGAUUUCAAUGAAAUUAAUUUAAAUUAUUUAAGAAAUCGAUUAAGAGAAAUCACACGAGAAUUAAAUAAUCCGACACAUAUUUCUAUUCAACAAAAUUCACAAUCGUUUAUUAAUGAAAUUUCUGAAAAACCAAAUGUCAUCACUGUAACUGGCGGAAAUGGACAAGGACAACAAUUAAAUCAACUUAAUUUCCCUUAUGGAAUCUUUGUUGAUAAAAAUAAAAAUAUUUUCAUUGCUGAUUAUGCAAAUCAUCGUAUUAUUGAAUGGAAAUAUAAUACAAAUGAAGGACAAAUCAUUGCAGGUGGAAAUGACAAAGGAAAUCGCAUAGAUCAGUUGAAUGAGCCAAAAGUUGUGAUUAUUGAUCAACAAAAACAUUCGAUUAUCAUUGCGGAUUCUGAAAAUAGACGAGUGAUUCAAUGGUUAAAUCAAAAGCAACAAAUUCUCAUUAAUAAUAUUGACUGUGUGGGCUUAGCAAUAGAUAAACAUGGAUAUCUUUACGUUUCUGAUAAUGAAAAGAAUGAAGUGAGACGAUGGAAAAUGGGAGAAUAUAACAAUGAAGGAAUGGUAGUGGCUGGUGGAAAUGACAAAGGAAAUAAACUCAAUCAAUUCAGUCAUCCUCGUUUUAUCUUUGUUGAUGAAGAUGAAUCUGUUUAUGUAUCAGACCAAAACAAUCACCGAGUAGUUGUUGAUGCUUUUGGUCAAAUCUAUGUGGCAGAUUGUGGAAAUCAUCGAAUAAUGCGCUGGUUUGAAGGAAAAGAUGAAGGUGAAAUCAUUGUUGGUGGAGAUGGCCAAGGAAAUCAAUCAAAUCUAUUGAAUCGUCCCCGUGGUUUAUCUUUUGAUGAUGAAGGUAAUCUUUAUGUUGCUGAUUGUCAUAAUCAUCGAAUUCAAAAAUUUGAGAUAAUUUUAUGA